AUGCUCUUUAGCUGUCUCCUUGUUGUCUUUUUAAAUGUAAGAUCUUUGCAGUAAAGCAUUUACAAAUUUAAAUUCUUUUUUCUUUACCUUGUAGUGAACUUUGACCACUUCCAGAUUCUCCGGGCGAUUGGGAAGGGAAGCUUUGGCAAGGUGUGUAUUGUGCAGAAGAGGGACACCGAGAAGAUGUAUGCCAUGAAAUACAUGAACAAACAGCAGUGCAUUGAAAGAGAUGAGGUUCGCAACGUGUUCAGGGAGCUGGAAAUCCUGCAGGAGAUCGAGCACGUGUUCCUGGUGAACCUCUGGUACUCCUUCCAGGACGAGGAGGACAUGUUCAUGGUGGUGGACUUGCUUCUCGGUGGCGACCUGCGCUAUCAUCUGCAGCAGAAUGUCCAGUUUACGGAAGAAACAGUCAAACUCUACAUCUGUGAGAUGGCGCUGGCUCUGGACUACCUGCGAAGCCAGCACAUCAUCCACAGAGAUGUGAAGCCAGACAACAUCCUCCUCGAUGAGCAAGGUCAUGCACAUUUAACAGAUUUUAAUAUUGCAACAAUAAUUAGGGAUGGUGAAAGAGCAACUGCAUUAGCUGGAACAAAGCCAUACAUGGCCCCGGAGAUUUUCCAUUCCUUCAUGAAUGGCGGGACGGGCUACUCCUUCGAGGUUGACUGGUGGUCACUGGGAAUCAUGGCUUAUGAGCUGCUGCGGGGCUGGAGGCCGUAUGACAUCCACUCCAACAACCCCGUGGAGUCUUUGAUUCAGCUCUUCAGUACAGUCAGCGUUCAGUACUCCUCUACGUGGUCAAAAGAGAUGGUUGCGCUGUUAAGAAAGCUGCUGACGGUGAACCCCGAGCAUCGCUUUUCCUGCCUGGCCGACAUCCAGGCCUCGGCAUAUUUGUCUGGCGUGGUCUGGAGCGACGUCAGCGAGAAGCGGGUAGCACCGGGCUUCGUCCCCAACAAGGGCCGCCUGCACUGCGACCCCACCUUUGAGCUGGAGGAGAUGAUUCUGGAGUCGAGGCCCUUGCACAAGAAGAAGAAGAGGCUGGCGAAGAACAAGUCAAGGGAUAACAGCAAAGACAGCUCACAGUCCGAAAAUGACUAUCUCCAAGAAUGCCUUGAAGCCAUCCAGCAAGACUUUGUCAUCUUUAACAGAGAGAAGCUAAAGAGGAGCCAAGAGCCGCCGAGCGAGUCCGUGUCCCCCCCUGAGACCACCGACGAAGCCGAGACGGAGGCUGAGUCCGAGACCUCCAACUUGAACAUGUGCGGUUCCGUCUGCUCCUCGGCGGGCAGCAGUUAGGCUGCAGCCACCCGGCGAGGGCCACUGGCCCGUGCCGCCCCGAAAACCCGUUCUCAGGUCGCGGUGAGCACCACAGGCUGUCCUCCGGUGCCACCGGAGAUGCCACUGACAACGUCCUGCCAAGCUGUAGCAAAACAGAUAGUUCUUACAGAACUGCCUUCCUGGGUUUAACGGCUCGCCAGUUUGGCGCACUGGUUGCCUGUUGUGGGUAAAGAUACUUGCUAUGCAACUUGUCGAGGGAGGUAGAUCAACUUCUGUACUUGUUCUUUUUUAAUGUCAGAUUGCUGAUCUGCACAUGUUUUUAAUACCGUAAGGUGACAAGAGAACAAGUUACGUCCUUGGGUCCGAGGGAAGGCACCGCGCGGGUGCGGAGGGGGAGGAAGGCUGAAUAAAAAGGUGGUUUGAAUUUCACUUUGCCGCUCCUUGCUCGUGAAGGCUGCUGCGGGGACAAGCAGUCCCCGUGGACGUGGGACCAGCCCCGGGUUCCUCUGGGCUGCGGCGGUGGCACCAGCUCCUGGGAGCCUCCAGCGUGAGGACAUCCCAGGCAUGUCCUUGUCCUCAUCACCUGUCACAAUUCCUUUCCCAACUCGGGGCAAAUAAAUGUUCUUUUGUGCACUCCAUGGAUUCUCUGGGGCUGGGUAAUGAUUAACCACGUAAUUGAAAUGCAGAAUGUAUUUAAAAUACUCACUUUCCUCACCGAGCUGCUGCGAGCGGCCAGGGGCUGUGUGACGGACCCGAGGGGCUGGUGCUGUCUGUCCCUCUGCAGGACAUGGUGUGUCACAGGUUCAGGUUUUAUUGGAGGCCACGUGGGUGGCUUUGCCAUGCUGCUCGGUUCUGAGAGGGGAAUAGCUCAUUCCACCCUUUGAUUUACUUUAUUUUCAGUGUAAAGUAGAAGUACUGUAUAUAAUUUACCAAUACCUGUUUUAACUCCUUACUGAGACGGGAGAUCUCUCUACCUGUGUCCAGCUGUGGAUGUUGCCUUUCUUCUUGUUUCAGAAGCCUUCACUAUAUUAGUUGCUUAAUCUGCUGUAGAGUGGCUUUUGGUUACUAUUGCUGAAAACAAGCCAUGGGUCCUGCUGCAGCAUCCGGCUGCUGUGGUACGGGGGUUCCUUGGAACUGCAUUCGCCUUCAAACCAUCGACAUCUCUUUGCUGCCAGACGUCAGGAGAGCGCAGGGUUUGCAUCCUUACUCUAUAUUUCUAAGGCAAAAAUGGAUCAAAAAUGUUUUUAACAGAUGCAGGCUCUUUCAGAACAAAUUUUGCUGCUUUUUUGGGUUUGGUGAAUAAAAUUGAAAGGCACGACUGGUAUGAAACAAUUUUAUACAAUAAAAGUGACACGGCACAUUUAUUUUCCACAGUUUUAUGUGGACAUUAGUAUGUGGCUAAAAUUGUGCAGAACCAGAUUUCCAUGGAAGCCUUCAAAAGAAGUGUUUGGGUGUGGGGGCACAGGUGGUGUGGAGCAGGAGAUCUGAGAUGAGUGCUCUCUCCUGCGCCUUUCCCCGGCUCUGACCCCCUGCCCUCCCCCUGCCAAACUCCCCGAUUACUGGUGCCAGAGUCACCUCGUUACCCUGAUCACCUAAUUAGCUUCUCAUCAGAGCACUCUGAUAACUCUGCUGCCACGAGAGACCCACCUCUUGGCCUGAUGGGGCUCAGGUGGGGCAGGAGAAGCAGCAGGAGGGUCAAAACCGAGUAUUUAAUCAGGAAUUAAAAGUUACGGAUUAUUUACUCCACUGCUGUGGGUAGGUUUUUUCAGUAAGAUCCAUCUCACUGUUUAUCAUCUUUCUGUAAAUAAUGGCAAAAGUUUGGACUGUCAGAAGGUCAAGUAACAUCCCUUAUUUUUGGACCAAAAUGUCCCAUAUGUGAGAUGCAGAUAGAUCCUAUUCUGCAGAAGCUCUGGGGCCAGGAGAGGUGUUGGCAGUUUGGUGGGACGUGUCUGAUCAGGUGUUUCCAUCCCUUCCCCUGGGACAAGUGACACGCGGCCCUUGAGGUCGAGGUUGGGGUGUGGGGAGGAGCUGGCUCACUGCUGGAACCGAUGUUUCUCACCCCAAACCCUCUCCGUGUCGGUCAUUUCUGUUCUUCCCGGGUCUAUUGUACAAAGAGCCCUCGGCAGCGCUCGGCAGGGACCGGGAGCCAGCGAUGGCUCCGUCCCGGGGAGGGAACUCGGGGCUGCCUGGGAAGCACCGCUGAAAUCCAGAGCAUGUUCCCAGGGAAAACCCUGCUUUUGCCUCAAUCUCCUGCCAAACCCGAGUCACUGAGAGGGGACGGGACAGGGACCUCGGGGGGUGCUGUGCUGAGUAGCAGAGACACCAAUUGUCAGCCUUUGGUGAGGCACGGGUGUAACCUCCCUGGUGCCCACUGGGAACUGGGUUUUAUUGACCCUGUUUGUGCCCGGUCCCUGGAGAAGGAAUGACAAGAAAAGAGUAACUGGAAAAUUGGAAAACGCUAAGAAAUGGAUACAUGUUGGCUUCAUUGUCAAAAUCCCCACGAUGGGUUUCAGUAGACGAGGCCCCUUUUGUGCCGUGGCCCCAUCUUGGGUGCGAGGGGCUGUUCUGUGCGACAGGGCCGGGUCCUGGGGGGAACACGUGGUGCCGAAAUUCCCUGAGCCCCCCCCCUCCCGGGUUACUCUCUCCCCUGCGUUAGAGCCUGGGGCGGCUCCAGACGGGAGCAGAACUCACAGUGAAAAGUCGUGAAAUGCUCCCGGUACCAAACCCCCUCGCGCAGCGUCAGCAGCAGCUCUCGUUUACAUCCCCACUGCAACCCCAGUACAAUAACUUUCUGUAGAUAAAUAUUUAAAUACAUGUAUUUUUUGUAUGACAGAUUUAUACAGGGCGUGUCAUUAUUCGCUGUGAAAAGUCUACAUCGCCUAUAAAUUAUUCUCCUUAAAAUUCCUUGCCAUUAGAUUGUUUUCUUAUCUCUGUUGUAUUAUGAAGUUUUGCGAAGUUGCAUAUUUUUAAGUGUUUCCAUUGAAUUCCACAGACUUCACUGGGAAUUUUGCAUAGAAAACAAAUGCCAGAUCAGGUCCUGAUGUUUCUUCUGUUGCCAAUUUUUUAUUACUCUACACCUUGCCAAAAAGAGAAUAAGAGUAAUAAAGUAAUAGUAAAAAGGCCAAUAAUAUGAACAUUGACAUUGGACAGUGCUGAAAUCCCGAUGCCUUGGUAGGGUAUUUUUAAAAACUAUUUCAGUGGAAAUAUAUGUAAAGUAUAUCUUUGUAUUUUAUGUUAAUACAUUUCUGUAAUUUUAUUGCAUGAAAACUUGACCAUGUCACAGAAUAUUUAAGUUAUGACAAGUUUGUGUUUUUGCAGAUACUGCGAGAAGCCAUUGCAUAUGUGGAGUAAUAAAUGUGUAUUUUUAACAUUGCCAAGUA